GCGAUUCUAAUCCAUUACUAUUCAUUGAAGAAUUUGCGUUAGACGCUUAAGUGUUUAUUUCGUCGUUAUUUAAUACAAAUGGAAGAAUAUAUAGAAAGAGUGCAAAGGGUUUUUUCGGUUCAUGAGAAUGAAUCAGUCAAGCUAGAUGCUACAGAUAAAAUGGGUGUGAGUGAAAUAAAUAUGUGGAUAUUAAUACGUAGGUACGAUCAAAUUGAAUCAGAAAAUGAUACAUUAAAAACAACAUUGAACUGUUUUACUGUUGUACCUGGAAUAACGUUAGACGAAUUAAGAAUAUCUAUUUAUUACUGGGUCGGUAUAGAAAAGGACAAUAGCAAAGUAUUAAAAAUUAGAAGACAUGAUAAUCAUUUAAUACCAUUGUCUUCGUUGCUCAGAGGAUCCCAAAAAGACAAGCCUUUUAUCAUUGACGUUGUUGGCGUACAUCAAUUUUGUCCUGUAGAAGAACGGAGCCUGCCGCCUGGUUAUUUAGAUGCUUUCAAGUCUAAACUUGCCAAUUUAGAGAAACGGGUGAUGAUGGUAGAAUCAUUUUUACCUAAUAUGACUUCUUCUCAUAUGCGUACAGUAGAAACAAUGGUAACUCAGUUAACAAAUUGUGUUAACUUCUUAGAUCGUAGACUGGAUGAAUUAACACCUAUAUGUUUGAAAAGUCAAAUUCAACCGGAAGCCUCUUGAAAAUGGGACAUUAAUAAUAAUAAUAAUAAUAUUCGACUGAGAAUGCAUGCUUUAAUCUAUUUAUCGGAGAUUCAGAAUUUUAACAAAGGAUACAAAUAACUACAUUAAGAAAUGGCAAUGGUAUUGGAUGUUCACAAAUUCUAAAUCGAAACGAUCUUAUAAUUUAUAUUUGUAUGUAAAUAUGAUCAAAACAUGAAGAAAACAAAUAAAAUAAUUGUGAGUGUCA